UCUCUUUCACUGAAAGUAAAUCUAAUUCUCUCGGUCCACAUUAUCCUUAGCACAAGCAUAAGAUCCUCAACCAAAUUUAGCACAACUGGUCUCAUCAUCUUCAUCAUCUUCAUCAUCAUGGGUUCAGAAACGUUUCUAGAAGUGAUAUUGGCAAUUAUCCUGCCACCUGUUGGGGUCUUCCUCCGCUAUGGCUGUGGAGUGGAGUUCUGGAUUUGUUUGUUGCUGACACUGUUGGGAUAUAUUCCGGGAAUUAUAUAUGCAUUAUAUGUACUGGUCGGAUGAUCAAGGUUUUCUGGAGGUGAAAGAAUAAUCAUAUGGCAAACGACAUGUGUGGUGUGGAUUAGUUUGGUUAAUGUCACUUUGACUUUGUAAUUCAGGAUCAUAAUAUAGUUUUCUUAUAAAUUUUCCUUGUGUGCUC